AUGGUACUCGCCCAACCUGCAAACCAACACGUCUCCAAGGCGUUCGACCUCUCCGGUAAAGUAGCCAUCGUCACUGGUGGUGCCAGGGGAAUAGGUCUCGAAGUUUCUCGCGGUCUGGCCGAGGCUGGCGCAAAUGUGGCUAUAAUCUAUAAUUCAUCCAAGACGGCCGACGCGACCGCUGCCGAGAUCGCAUCAACCAACAAUGUCAAAGUAGCUGCCUAUCAGUCCGAUGUGACUAUCCAAGCCAAUAUCGAGGCCGCUGUGCAAAAGGUUGUGAAGGACUUUGGUAAGGUCGAUAUCAUGAUUGCCAACUCUGGCAUUGCAUCUUGUGUCGCGGCUGAGGAUUAUACCGCCGACCAAUGGAGUGACAUUAUGAAGGUGAAUCUUGACGGUGCCUUCUACUCGGCACAGGCAGCUGCUCGUGUUUUCAAAGAGCAAGGGUUUGGAAAUGUUGUUUUUACAGCAAGCGUGAGCGCAACGCUAGUCAAUGUUCCUCAGAAACAAGCUGCCUAUAACGCUUCCAAGGCCGGUGUUGUUCAGCUUGCCAAAUGUCUCGCUGUUGAGUGGGUGGACUUUGCUCGCGUGAAUUGCAUUUCACCAGGUUUCAUCGCAACCGAUAUACUCGAUAUCCACCCCCUUGAGUGGCGUGAGAAAUGGCUCAGUAUGAUCCCUGCUAAUCGCAUGGCGCAGACAUACGAGCUCAAAGGAGCAUACGUCUUUUGCGCAUCCGACGCCUCAUCAUAUAUGACGGGUUCUAAUAUCGUGAUCGACGGGGGGUAUACACUACCUUAG